AUGCUUGGUCGCGAUGCUGUUAGGGCCAUCGUGGGCUCGAGAGGCCAGAAUCAUAAGGAGAUGGAGUCGGCCACACAGAGCCGUAUAUACUUCCGAGGGAUGGGUAUGAAGGACGGUGGAGGCGCGGAAGAGAUGCCUGAUCUGAGGCACUUCGAUACCGAGGCGAGGAUACAUGUACUGGUCAAGUGUGAUCAGCCGCCCCAGGCUAGAGCUGUCCGAUCGAUGCUUAUUCGGAUCAUACGCGGCCUUGAGUCUGAGCGUCAGAGAGGCCAUGGGGCCUUGCCACCGCUGUGUGAUGCCUUCCAUUGGCUGGAAAGCUCCUCCAAGUACCAGAGUGGCAUGGGUAAGCGUGAGGAUAUGGAUCGAUACUCGGGAGGAGCUGAUGAUGGAGGAGCUAGAGCA